UAACUUGGGUGAAUGGCACAAUUCUUAGUCACGUAAUUUUACUGUUAUAAACACCUUGAUCUAGUAAAUCUGGUAAAUGAUUGAAGUGACGUAACGAACUUGUUUCCAAACUUUGAACUGUUGAGUUUCGUUGCAGGUGAUCGACUGGCUUGUGCAGAAUGCAAAAAAAGUUCUAGAAAGGGUUGAAGCACGUGAUCCAUUGGUUGAGGAAUGUAAACACAAGCGACAAGUACGUUACAGGGGAACACCGCGAAAUGUUUACAGGCACGUGAUCAUGUCAGAUAUUAAAGAUGCUACUGCUUCUCUUCCUAUGGACUUGGCGAAUGUUCCCCUUGUGUCCUAUGAUCCUCUGCCACCUCAAGAUUCAGUUACAGGCUACGCGCGGCCAUCAAGGAGGAAUAUAAGUCGUGAGGAAGACCACGGUCCUUUAUCCAUGUUUUUCCGCUCGCUGCUUCCUUCCUUCAACGCCCAGGCCCCUAACGGACCACGCGUGGAAGUGAGAUUUGAACAACCCAUAGAGGGAGCAGAGGGUGGGCCCAGGCCUUUGCGGGAUACAGAACUCGCAAGGGGCGUGGAAAACCUGAUGGUCGCCAUGAGAGAACUGCUAAAUACUCUUAGUUACCGUGAAGAACCUGAAGAGGCUGGGGACGAGCAAGGAGAUAACCCCGGAGAAAAUGAUCAUGCUGAAGAUGAAUGGGAAGAUGGGGAAUAAAAACAUUGCAAAGCUUACUUAUAAAAUGACCUUGCACACAGAUUUCUGCGCUCAUCUGUGCAAGUGGAGCUAUUCUUGGUAUCUGUACGGCAAAAUCUUCCAGCUUGUAGUUACAGCAUAGAUCCCCGGAUUAGUUCCAGGUAAACCAGUAAAUGGCUUCCACUAAACUUCCCAACCCGGAUUGACUUCAUCUUCAUGUUGCACCUUGUUUUGUGCGAUACAGCGUUUUGAGACUCUUAAACAAUGGCGAGAAAACUUAGUUUUCCUUGAAGUUUCUUUUUCAAAGUCGCUUAACCUCUUGGCACACUACAACACGCCCAUCCCCGCAUUGAAAGAUGGCGGUGAACCAACUAUUUGCGCGACGUUGUCUCAGUAAACGUUUGUACGACGGCCUGAGGAACGUGACGGUCACAAAACAGGCUGUGACAGUGCAGCAAGGGCAGACGACAACAGCGGAGGCUUAAAAGAUCAGAUUAGAAGGCGUAAUACUUUGUGGAACUGAAAAUUUGAAUUCUGUCCGUUGGCUUAUGUCCUCUAGCCAGGGGUGAAGGGUAUAAAAUGGUAAAAGAAGCUCAAGUUUGGGUUUGAGAACUAUCUUAUCAAUCCUAAUGUUUCAGAAGGCACAGCAUAUUCUUGAUCAAAUCAGAUUUGCUCAAUUAGGAAGAGGAGAUCGGAAAAACGAGCGGAAAGGGCUUUUGAGCUUACUUGUGACUGUUGAUGAGCUUGGUCGGCGGAUUCAUACCCUGCGCGUGCGCAGAAGUUCUAUAAUCCCAGAAAUGCUGAGCUUGCGUGAUAGCCGUACGCAGAUAGGAGAAAUUAUUUGAGUGUGAGGGAGGAAGCCUCUUGCAGCUCUUUGGGUUUCGUUGUUAAGGUCACAUGUAGAAUGAAGCGUAAGUAAUGAAAAUUGAAAACAAGUGACCAGCUGGAGAGUUCUACAUUACUUAAGUUGGCUGGAAGAAUAUAUAUUAUUACAGUAAUUAAACUUAACAAGAAGCAA